AUGGGCAGUGUUUUUCGUAUCAAAUCGAUUGAACCUCCUGAUACCUCUAAUGCUUGGUGCAUCAAAUUACUAUUAACAGACGAGAACGAUCGAGAGCUAACACGCCUCACUGAUAGCAUGCAAGCACAAAUUGGUAAUACGGGUAUAUUGUCUUUCUCGCUUCUUAUGCGUUACUGGGGUAAAUAUGACGAGGCUAAGGAGAUCAGUGAGCUAACGCUGCAAACAGUUGGGGAGGAUUUAAAACCACUAUUAUCCAUCACAUUGGCAUCGAUAUAUUUCGAAAUAGGAAAUCACGAAGAGGCGGCCCGUCUAUUACAAUCAGCAUCGAAUUUUUCAGAUGAAAGGACUCCUAUCUCAGCAGACAACAAAGUAGCUUGUCUCCGCAAAGCUAUACUCCAUGUGAUACGGGGUGAAUGGGAUCUUGCAGUAGAAGAUAUCGAAGCACUUCUCGCUAUCGCAACAAACCCAACUUCAAAGCGGCAACAAGAAUCGCUUGAUAUGCUUUACUCUCUGAUUGGCGACAUCUGUUUUCAACAAGGACGCUAUUCCGAUGCCUCUUCAUACACGACCAAGGAAUACGAGCUUCUCAAUAAAUGCCCACCAGCGACGCAUCCACAUAUUGCCGACUAUCUCCAAAUAAUGGCUGCUUCAAAAUUCUUCAAAGGUCAGUCGGAUGAAGCCUUUGCCAUGCCGAAAGAAGCGUCCAGAAUUCGAGAAUAUUCACUGCCGCCCGAACACCCUGUCCGAGUUAGCUAA